AUGGCGAAUUCAGGGAGCAACAACAUCGCUGCUGUCAGAACCUUUGCUUUCAUCAUUCUGGUAUGUACAACGGAUCUGAUUUCUGGGCAACUUCGCUAUUCUAUUCACGAGGAAUUGGAAGAAGGGGCUUUUGUUGGGAAUAUCGCUCAAGAUUUGGGAUUACAUAUACAGCAACUGUCUGCUCGUAAAUUUCGGCUAACAUCUGAUGACGGAGGACAGUAUAUGAAGAUUAGCUUGGGAAAUGGGAUAUUGUCUAUUCGUGAAAAAAUUGACAGGGAGCUUCACUGUGGACAAGCAACUGCAUGUAUUAUUCCAUUUAAAAUAAUACUAGAAAAUCCUUUGGCGGUGUAUCGCGGGGAAGUCGAGAUUCUUGAUAUAAAUGAUAAUUCCCCCACUUUCGGGGACGGCACGAUUGCCUUGCACGUAUCGGAAGCAAUGGCACCAGGGGUAGGCUUCCCUCUAGAGAGUGCGGAAGAUCGGGACGUUGGAAUAAAUGCUGUCGCUGCUUAUAGUAUCAGUUCCAGCGAAUAUUUUAGUUUAAAGACGCAGAGAACAGAGGACGGGAUGAUGGUGGCCGAGUUGCUAUUGGAGAAAUCUUUGGACAGAGAGCUACAGUCCUCAUUUCAACUGCAGCUGAUGGCAACUGAUGGUGGGAUCCCUCAGAGAUCUGGCACAGCUCAGGUUCUCAUUACUGUAGUGGAUAGCAAUGAUAACCCCCCAGUAUUCGAUCAUAAAAUUUACAGGGGCAGCUUAAGAGAAGAGUCCCCCUUGGUGAUGAAAGUAAAAGCUGAUGAUCUGGACGAAGGUCUGAAUGCUGAGCUAACAUAUUCUUUCAGCAAACUAACUUCACCAAGUGUGCGUGAAUUAUUCAGUUUGGAUCCACGCACUGGGGAGAUUCGGACUGAAAGAGAACUAGAUUUUGAAGAAGCAAACAGUUAUUCACUCAAUAUUCAAGCUGUGGACCACGGAUCACCGGCAACCACCGGGCACACCAAAGUGAUGGUCAAGGUAGUUGAUGUAAACGACAACGCACCCGAGAUAAAAGUAACAUCAACCAUUAACAAUGUUCCGGAAAAUGCUUCGCCAGGAACUUUAGUAACAUUGGUGAAUGUAAUCGAUCUCGAUUCUGGAGAAAACGGACAGAUUUACUGCGAGGUUCCAAAGAACAUCCCAUUUAGGCUUCAAUCUUCGUCGAAGAAUCAUUAUGAGUUGAUAACCAGUGAUCCUUUGGACCGUGAAUCUGUCCCUGAGUAUAAAAUACCUUUUGCAGCCUGGGACUUGGGGUCGCCUUCACUAUCGACGAAUAAAACUAUCCAGGUUAUAAUUUCUGAUAUAAAUGAUAACGCACCACAGUUUGCCGAACCAUCCUACGACAUAUAUGUGAUGGAAAACAACGCUCCGGGUGCUUCUAUUUUCGCAGUAACUGCUUCCGAUCCUGACCUGGAUCAAAAUUCCUAUGUUUCAUACUCCUUCUCGGAAAAUCUUCUCCAAGACCUCCCAGUGUCCAAGUACCUCAGCAUGAACUCGAUGAACGGCAGCAUUUACGCGCUGCGUUCUUUUGACUACGAGAAACUCAAAAACUUCCAAAUCCAUGUUCAAGCCCGUGACGCUGGAGUGCCCCCGCUGAGCAGCAGCGUUACAGUGAAUGUGAUCAUCCUGGAUCAAAAUGACAACCCUCCGGUAAUUGUUUCACCUACAGCACAGAGUAGGUCAGGAGUACUGGAGAUCCUGCCGCAGUCAACCGCCCAAGGGCAAUUGGUCACCAAGAUAAUGGCUACUGAUGCAGAUUCUGGUCAGAACGCGAGACUCUUCUAUCAGCUGCAAAGAUCAACUGAUCCCAGUUUGUUCAAGGUUGGACAACGCUCUGGUGAAAUCAGAACAGCUCGCAACAUUUUGGAGUCGGAAACCACCACACAAACUCUCGUCAUACUGGUUAAGGACAACGGGCAGCCGAGCCUCUCCAGCACAGUGACAAUUCAGUUUGCAAUAUUGGAGAACAUCACGGACAGCAUCACGGAGAGAAGCAAUUUAGUGACCAACCCGGAAUACUUCUCUGAUCUAAAUCUAUAUUUAAUUGUUACUUUUGGUUGCACUUCCGUUCUGUUUCUUGUGACCAUUAUUCUGCUGAUUGUAAUAAAGUGCAAACAAGAGAGAAAUAUUACACAACAAUAUAAUUCUCCUAGUUAUUGUUACAAACGUGGAGAAUCUCACGAUGCCUUCAAUUUGAGACCUGCAAUGGAGGAAACUUUGCGGUACCCUGGGAAUGACCGGAUAAUCCGCGGGCCAGAAGCGCACCAUUACUCGGUCUGUCUAUCUCCGGAAUCAGCGAAAAGUGAUUUUCUCUUCUUGAAGCCGUGUGGCCCUCCCACGUCUUAGGCCCCAAUGACAAAGCAGGAGACGACGUCUCUUCUCGGGGGCUCAUCGAAGAGGAACCCACCCUCCCAUUAGCCGUCCAGAGCCUGAGCACCGAGUCGACAACAGCAGAGCCUGAGCACCGAGUCUAAA